GCACCCACCACAGACUGUUCAGUGACAAAUGAACCACUAUCCCGUUAGAAGUAGGUAGCCCGUGUGCUCCAGUAUGGACCCACUGUAGACGUCGCGGCUAUUGUUGCGAUUCCGCGAUUUGGGUGACAACUCCCGUGGAUCUAAAAUUCCAGGAGCGACGGGAUAAUGAGAAGAGGGAAUUAUAAUAUUUAUACUGCAGGGAUAGCGCAGAGAGAUAUCCACAAUAAAAGAUAUUGACAUGAAGAAAGACAUUGAAACGUGGAUAGCAGAGGAACGCGCUGACAUCAUCUUGAAAUAUGAUACGGAGGAAGAGUUCGCACUUCUUUGAGCGUGUUGUUAAAAAGAGUGACCGUCGCUCUAAGAGGGAGAAGAAAGAGAAGCCGAAUUUGAAUGGCAGACAGGAGGGGGUGGUGAUUGACUCCUGGGAGGAUGCAGACUACAGUAUUUACAGAGUCACCGACCGUUUCGGAUUUCUGCAUGACAAGGAGCUGCCAACCCCUAGUGCACAUGAGGAGAAGAAAAAUAACCUGGAAAUUGAAAGGGUUGAGAAAUGGCUGAAGAUGGUGAAGAAAUGGGAUAAAUACAGGAUCAGUGACAGGAUGGUAAAGCGUGUGUAUAAGGGUAUCCCACUACAGCUGAGAGGCCAGGCCUGGGCCCUAAUGCUGGAUGUGGAGAAGGUGAAGAAUGAGAACGAGGGAAAGUAUGAGAGGAUGAAGGAACAAGCCAGAAUCUUCUCCCAGGAAAUCAAACAGAUAGAUCUGGACGUGAACAGGACAUUUAGAAACCACAUCAUGUUCAUGGAUCGAUUCGGAGUCAAGCAGCAGUCUUUAUUUCAUGUCCUCUCUGCCUAUUCGGUCUACAACACGGAGGUGAGUUACUGCCAGGGCAUGAGCCAGGUUGCCGCCUUGCUGCUGAUGUACAUGAACGAGGAAGACGCCUUCUGGGCCCUGUCACAGCUACUGACCAAUCAGAAGCAUGCCAUGCACGGUUUCUUUAUUCCUGGGUUUCCCAAACUGCAGCGCUUCCAGGCGCACCACGAUCAAAUUCUCUCCAAACUCAUCCCCAAACUGAAGAAACAUCUGGACAGGGAACAGAUGUCCUGUGGGAUCUACAGCACUAAAUGGUUCCUGCAGUGUUUCAUUGACAGGACCCCGUUCACCCUGACUCUACGUCUGUGGGACAUCUACAUUCUGGAAGGAGAGACAAUCCUUACCGCCAUGUCCUACACAAUCCUUAGAAUAUUUAAGAAGCGUCUCCUGAAGAUGAAUCUGGAGGACCUGAGAGAGUUCCUUCAGGACAAGAUCGGCCUGUCGUUCCUCUACAGCGAUGACGUCAUCAUCGAUCAGCUGCAGGCCUCCAUGGCGGAACUACGGAAGAUGAAGCUGGACCUUCCACCCCCAGCCAAGCCAGAGGAACUGCCACGGAAGGUCCUGGGUUUGGAGCUACCUGUUCUGCUCACCCCUCUCAAGCCCCCCAGGGGAAUCACCUCUGACCUGGGUACCAAACGACCAGGAGCAGGGCCUCUGGGUCUCCACAUCAUCACCCACCAGCCAGAUGUCAUCUCCCAAGACAACAGCCCCUCUAAGGAGGCAAGGAAGGACAAGGAAGCUCUAAAUAGGGAGGAAGAGGAAGAUGAGGAAGUCCCUCUUCCAUCUCCAGACCCCAUUCUCAUCCACACCAUCCAAGCUCAAGUGACCCCCGAUGGGCCUCCCCAGGCUGGGGCUGGGCCACCACCUUAUGAGCCACCAGGGAGCAAUGAGCACAAUGUUAUGGGACAGCCUGCCAUUCUUAUGCCACUCCACAAAGAAAUAAGUGUUAAGAGCUCAUCUGGUCCAGUGGCUUUACCAGAGACACAGGCCGUAGUUCAACAGGGUACAAACACACCUCCACAAAGCCCCAUGGAGGAGCCGACCCUGACUCCCCCAGUUACCCCUUUAUCCCUUAGCCCUCCACAGCCACCCUGCAGGGUCCCCCGGACUCAGUCAGCAACCUUAGCCCAGGCUUCCCGGCGGCCUAUGUGAGAGUGAGAGCCUAUCGGUGGGGGUGGGGGAGAGAGCGGAGGAUGGGUACCUGGCCAGGCUUCUGGAGCAGGCCUUGGCUCUGCCUAAACACAGAGCCCAGACAGGAGACAAAGGAGAGCCAGAAGGGCCAGUUCGAUUCUAGAGCAUUGCAAAGCAUUCUAAGUUCCCCCCUGUUGUCUACAAAACAGACAUUGCAGAAAAAUUGUGUCAUGUUGUAGGAGAAGCUGCCAUAGUGGAGUUCCAAGGGACAGUGCCACAUUCUCUCCCAUCAUAGUGAAAGCAUUACAGCUUACUUAAUUUGAGUAGUUUUGUAAUAUUUUAACAAUGGACAUAAUGUUUGCUUAGAUAGCCUCUGUAAAAUAUUUUCUAAUAUAGUCUUAUUUUAGUAUAGUUUUAUAUUUGUAUGUGGACACCUGCUUGUCGAACAUCUCAUUCCAAAAUCAUGGGCAUUAAAUUAAUAUGGAGUUGGUCCCCCCUUUGCUGCUAAAACAGCCUCCACUCUUCUGGGAAGGCUUUCCAAUAUACACUGCUCAAAAAAAUAAAGGGAACACUUAAACAACACAAUGUAACUCCAAGUCAAUCACACUUCUGUGAAAUCAAACUGUCCACUUAGGAAGCAACACUGAUUGACAAUACAUUUCACAUGCUGUUGUGCAGAUGGAAUAGACAACAGGUGGAAAUUAUAGGCAAUUAGCAAGACACCCCCAAUAAAGGAGUGGUUCUGCAGGUGGGGACCACAGACCACUUCUCAGUUCCUAUGCUUCCUGGCUGAUGUUUUGGUCACUUUUGAAUGCUGGCGGUGCUUUCACUCUAGUGGUAGCAUGAGAUGGAGUCUACAACCCACACAAGUGGCUCAGGUAGUGCAGCUCAUCCAGGAUGGGACAUCAAUGCGAGCUAUGGCAAGAAGGUUUGCUGUGUCUGUCAGCGUAGUGUCCAGAGCACGGAGGCGCUACCAGGAGACAGGCCAGUACAUCAGGAGACGUGGAGGAGGCCGUAGGAGGGCAACAACCCAGCAGCAGGCCGCUACCUGCGCCUUUGUGCAAGGAGGAGCACUGCCAGAGCCCUGCAAAAUGACCUCCAGCAGGCCACAAAUGUGCAUGUGUCUGCUCAAACGGUCAGAAACAGACUCCAUGAGGGUGGUAUGAGGGCCCGACGUCCACAGGUGGGGGUUGUGCUUACAGCCCAACACCGUGCAGGACGUUUGGCAUUUGCCAGAGAACACCAAGAUUGGCAAAUUCGCCACUGGUGUCCUGUGCUCUUCACAGGUGAAAGCAGGUUCACACUGAGCACGUGACAGACGUGACAGAGUCUGGAGAUGCCGUGGAGAAUGUUCUGCUGCCUGCAACAUCCUCCAGCAUGACCAGUUUGGCGGUGGGUCAGUCAUGGUGUGGGGUGGCAUUUCUUUGGGGGGCUGCACAGCCCUCCAGGUACCGAGAUGAGAUCCUCAGACCCCUUGUGAGACCAUAUGCUGGUACGGUUGGCCCUGGGUUCCUCCUAAUGCAAGACAAUGCUAGACCUCAUGUGGCUGGAGUGUGUCAGCAGUUCCUGCAAGAGGAAGGCAUUGAUGCUAUGGACUGGCCCGCCCGUUCCCCAAACCUGAAUCCAAUUGAGCACAUCUGGGACAUCAUGUCUCGCUCCAUCCACCAACGCCACUUUGCACCACAGACUGUCCAGGAGUUGGCGGAUGCUUUAGUCCAGGUCUGGGAGGAGAUCCCUCAGGAGACCAUCCACCACCUCAUCAGGAGCAUGCCCAGGCGUUGUAGGGAGGUCAUACACACUACUGAGCCUAAUUUUGACAUGUUUUAAGGACAUUACAUCAAAGUUGGAUCAGCCUGUAGUGUGGUUUUCCACUUUAAUUUUGAGUGUGACUCCAAAUCCAGACCUCCAUGGGUUGACAAAUUUGAUUUCCAUUGAUCAUGUAAUGAAAAAAGUAUUAAUUAAGAAUACAGUGCCUUGCGAAAGUAUUCGGCCCCCUUGAACUUUGCGACCUUUUGCCACAUUUCAGGCUUCAAACAUA